UCAGAAGGUGCCAGGGUAGAAGGGAAGACUUGACAGUGCAGUUGUCCUUCCUGUUCUGGGAAUAAGAGAGCCGAAGGGGAUUGAAUUUUCUUAGAGGGACUUUGUUCACCAGGAAAUAAAACCUCUAAAGAUCAUGAGGCUGCGAGAGAAGAGGGAGAAGCGUAAUCCUCAUACUGUAAAAGAAUUGCAGACUCGAUCAUCUGCUCGGAUGUUGCAUGAAAAAAGGAGCAUGUAUGUUUCUGCUCCCGCUAAGGCCAAAAGUGGUUUGGUUCCAGGAGCAACGACCUUUGAGGAGGAUCUCAGCUCCUUUGCCAUGCCGUUCCUGGAUGGGGAUAUGGAUGGGUCUGAGAAACAUGCUUCGCGAAAGACGGAAGACAGCUACAAUUCCGGGAGCCCUUCCAAAGGAAUCUUCUCAAAGGGGCUCCAGAACCGACCUUCCAGUCCAUCUUCUGCUCCUGUCAAGUCUAAACAUAGUCCAGGCUCACCCAAAACGGUGUUUCCCUUCCCGUAUCAGGAAUCACCACCUCGAUCCCCUCGACGCAUGAGCUUCAGUGGGAUUUUUAGGUCGUCUUCAAAAGACUCUUCCUCCUCUGGCUCUAACCCUUCCACCUCCCCCGGAGGAAUAAAGUUCUUCUCCAGAUCAAGAAAAACUUCUGGGCUUUCCUCUUCACCAUCAACUCCCACCCAGGGAACCAAGCAGCCGGCAUUUCCACUUGAAUGCUACAGACAUGAACCGGAAAGGCUGGAAACACGGAUUCACACCCCCUCUUCUCCUCCAGAUACUGGCCAAAGGUUUAGCCUGCCUCCAGGGCAGGGUGCUGCCAAGCCACCGUCUCCAACACCUGUCUGUUGUGUUACCUCAAAAAUAGCAGGGCCGCCUCACUCCCCGGCCGCUUCCGAAGGGAUGCUGGAGAAACUGGAGCUCGAGGAUGAAGCUGUUAGUGAAUCAGAAAGUGAUAUCUACAUGCGAUUCAUGAAGUCACAUAAGUGUUACGAUAUUGUUCCAACAAGCUCAAAGCUUGUAGUUUUUGAUACUACACUACAGGUAAAGAAAGCUUUCUUUGCUUUAGUGGCAAAUGGUGUUCGAGCAGCUCCACUGUGGGAGAGUAAAAAACAAAGCUUUGUAGGAAUGUUAACUAUUACAGAUUUCAUUAAUAUACUGCAUAGAUACUACAAGUCUCCAAUGGUACAAAUCUACGAACUGGAGGAGCACAAAAUUGAAACAUGGAGAGAGCUUUAUUUGCAAGAAACCUUUAAACCCUUAGUGAAUAUUUCACCUGAUGCAAGCCUUUUUGAUGCUGUAUAUUCACUGAUCAAAAACAAAAUCCACAGAUUACCAGUUAUUGAUCCUGUGAGUGGAAAUGCACUUUAUAUACUUACCCAUAAAAGAAUACUCAAGUUUCUCCAGCUUUUUGUGUCAGAAAUGCCAAAGCCUGCCUUUAUGAAGAAAAAUCUGGAUGAACUUGGAAUAGGAACUUAUCAUAAUAUUGCCUUUAUACAUCCAGACACUCCUAUCAUUAAAGCCUUGAAUAUAUUUGUAGAUAGAAGGAUAUCAGCACUACCUGUUGUGGAUGAGUCAGGAAAAGUUGUAGAUAUUUAUUCCAAAUUUGAUGUUAUAAAUCUUGCUGCUGAAAAAACUUAUAAUAACUUAGAUAUCACAGUGACACAAGCUCUCCAACAUCGCUCUCAGUAUUUUGAAGGUGUUGUGAAAUGUAAUAAGCUGGAAACGUUGGAGACAAUUGUGGAUCGGAUAGUUAAAGCUGAGGUGGGUAUGACUGUUCAAAUACAAGAGAAGAGGAGCUCUAAAUUGCCUGGCGGGUAGGUGUGGUUCACCUCUGUCCUCCAUUGUUGAAAAACCUUGACUUGAUUCUGUGUGCUUACUUUUUGACAGAGUGCCCACCCUUUCUUUUAUCAAUUCUUUUCAAUUCACAAUAUUUCCUAAAAUGGACACAAAAUGAGAAAAUGGUAGCAAGAAGAGUAGUUUACAAGGGUGGGAAUUCUGGGCUCUUCAGGUUGUUGUUGAAAUUUAACAGCAUGGCCUGGCUAGCCAAGGCAAUGCUAGGAGUUGAAGUUCAGCACAUCUAGAAGACCAUAGAUUCCCCAUUCCUGCCGUAAAAUAUCACCUUUGUAGGAAUGGGGAAUUAGUGGCCCUUAAGAUUCCCUUUAAGGUAGGAAUGCUAGGUAGGAUCAUUUAUCACUGUCAUAGCAUUUUAUUUUUCCAAAGGAUAAUAUUUCUUGAAAUGCCCUGCAGAAAUUAUAAUCUGUUUGCCUUUUUAAUCAAAUGAACAUCUUUCCCUUGAUCCUCUGACCAGUUCCAGUUAAUGCCAUUGUUAUCAAAUAUUGAGAAACAGAAAUUUUGAGACCAUUUUUAAAUCUCAUAUACAAUUCAUUUGCAGUAACCUGAACUGUAAGUUUCUGGAACAUUAGAAAUGGUAUAACACGUUGAUCUAGAUAAGUUCUAUAAGACCCUCACUUGGAUUAAAUGAUGUGAAGAGGGGUGAAAAAGAUCUGAUGCCUAUUGGUUUCAUAUAGCUGUUAAAUACAGGAAGUCCUUGCUUUUGGAGUUACAAGGUAGGACUGGCAACUUGGUCAUUAAAUGAAGCAGUUGCAACUCUGUUUAUGAUCUUCCUUUAGCUUUCCUUUGCUUUACAAAUCUAUAGAGUUUAUAAAUGCAAGGAUUGAAUAUAGAGCUUUUCAUUGCCCUUUUAACUGCAAACAAUUGUUUAGAGACUCAAUAAGGACUACCUGUAAUACAAACAAUGUAACAGAACCUUGUGAACUUCCAUAUUGUAAUUGCCAAUACAGUUCUUUUACUCCAAUUUCUGAAGCUACAAAACAACCCAGAAGAUUGCAGUUUGUUUUAUGUGAAAUCAAUGUUUGAUCCAGAAAAACAAGGAAUGGCUUACAAAGAAUCCAAUUUACAUUAUUUGAGUUUAAAGUGAUUUUCAUAUCUUGACUAAUAGAAGAGAAUAUUGGUAGUUAAAAAUUAAACUGUAAAGUUCUUGGAACCAGGAUCUGAGAGCACCAAGAACUCCAUGUAUUUUUGCUAAUUGGAGUUCCCAUAUUCAGACAUAAUGCCUGUAUUCAAAGAUACCAUUAACUAACUCUACAUGACUAGGAUUUCUGGUUAUGGUUUGUUGGAAAUGCCAGAAAUGGCUGUUUUGCUCAUAGUUGCUCAAACUAUUAUGGCUAUGUACACAAUUUAAACUAAGCCAAAAGCAAAUAAGCAUAACAAUGGCUUAGCACAAAACGUGAGCUUGGCCAGUGGCAAGCUAUGAUUAAUAUGGCAUUCUCAAUAAUUUCCCGUCUCACAUAAAGGAAAAAAAAAACAGCAUAUAGAUACAGAAGGCUUAUUCAUCUCUUGACUUCUGUAAUAUCCAAAUCUUAACCUAAUAUUACAGAUUGGAUUGAAGCCUAUUAAGUAAGACUAGAUAUUUGAUUCCCCCAAGCAGUUAACUCCUUACCCCAGUGCACAGAGUGAAUGGUUGCUUUCCGCAACCUUCAGACACUGCAUAUAAGAUGGAGACUUGUUGGUCUGCUUGAGUUUACUCACAUUGCCUUCCUUUGUCUCUCCUGUCCUCCUAUUGGCUAUACCUGUAUUCAGUUAGCUAAAGGUAAAAAUGGGAAUUUACAUACACACACACACACACACACACACACACACGCUCUUGGUAAGAUUACACAUAAAUUAGUUUUUGCUGUCAUAUAUAAUAUACUUCUUUCAAAUCUCAUGAUCUUCAAAAAUAAUACAUGACAUAUAGGUUAGCUACGCAAAAUGUUUGCUGGGAAAUCGCUGUCAUACUAUACUGUUUGGAGCAUAAACACGCAAUUAGGAUGAAGUUUUUAUUAGGUUGUUCUAAUUUUAAAUAUAGUUUAUGUUUGAAAACAGUAACAUUACACUUCACUUUUAUCAUAAAAAUAGACUUGUUGUCUUUAACCUAUUCCUUGUUAGAUUACGUUUCAGUAUUUAAAUUAUAAUCUCUUUUAUCAAGAAUCUUCUAGUUAAAUGUAUUUAACCAGUGCCAAUUCUGUUAGAACCAAUGAAUACCUACAUACAAAGAGAUCAUUGCUUUUAAACUAAUACUUUGUUAGUUUUUCAACAAUUACUCUUGAUUAGCUGUGUGAAAUUCACCUGUUCUAGUGUAGAAUAUGUAAGCCUUUAGUUUUACCUAAGUCCACAGAAAGGAUCUAUGUGCCAGUGCACAGUACUGAUAGUUAAGAACAGGACUUGGAAUGUGUUCCAAUGGCAUAUUGUUAAUAAAGCUAAAUGUAACUUGAUCCAGACGUCAGAUGGGAGUUUGGGGAAACAGAUGUAUUGCUAAUAUUUGCUCUUUGUAGACUACAUAAAUUACUUAAGUAAGAAUGGCUCUCUAAAGGAAAACAAAGCCACUUUUUAGAAAGUGCUUAAAAUGUUCAUGUUAAUUUGAUUUGGGAACUAAGCAUUCCUCUAUAUAAAAUAAUCCAAUUGUCUCUUAACCUGAAUAUUCUUAUUUUUAUUGUGCUUAUGAGGACAAUUGGACAGCCAUUACUGUUAUGUGCAUUGUGU